AUGCAAUUCGAGAUAGGAAGGACUCGUAAUAUAUAAGUUUUGAGUAUUAGGAAAAAAAUAUAUUUCUUGUACUAUAUUCAUGUCUCGUCUCAGGUGUUAAGCAACCUAAUGCGGGGUAUGACUAAGCCAGUGGAGGAGGGUGAUACUGCUCAGGGCUCAGUCUCAGGGUGAUAGUGAACCAUGUUGGAGGUACGAGGACGUGUGGUGGUGUACAGUGUGCUGGGCUGCCCUCACUGUGUGGCUGCUAAGAAGACUUUGAGGGAUCUUGGAGUCCCGCUAAUAGAUGUGUCAGUUGAUCGUUUCCCAGCAGUGAGAAGGUGGCUGCAGGAGAAAACUGGGAAGACCUCGGUACCACAAAUAUUCUUCAAUGAAACUUAUGUUGGUGGUAAUGACAGUCUACAGAAACUCUUGAAAGAUGAGGAAGAAUGGAAUAAACUGUUGGCUGACAUUCAAGUCAAUGAAGCUAAAGAAGAUGCUCUUAUUAUUCCUCACCCAUCAGAAGCUACUGAUACUGUUUCGGAUAGCAUAAAGUUUGUCUGUGAAAGUGAUCCAAUAGCAAGUAUUGCAGAGGAAUUAAGAGCUUCUGGCAUCCCACACUAUCACCGCAUCUCACUCUUCUCCAGUGCAAAGAAUGUUUUCUCUGGCCAAGAGUUUAUAAACUGGAUCAUGGAAACCAAGAAUAUUAGUGAAGAAGAAUCCACAAAGAUUGGAUCAGAACUUUUGGAGAAAAAAUACGUAAAACCUCUUGAUUCUACUCAGACUUCUUUCUUGAAUGAUCCAAAGAUGUACUAUAGUUUGAUUGACAACUGUGAGUCAACUGCCUUGAAUGGAGGAUCACCUCAAAGCUGUAUGCUGGAUAAUGCUGCCGAGUUGUCUGAGACACUUCGCAAGCUAAUACUUCAACUUUUCAGUGACCACAUAUCUCUUGAUGGCAAAGUAGUUAACUACAAGGAGAUGAAGGACACUGAAGGCUUUAAGGAAUAUGUCAAACUAUCCCGAGAGUUGCAGCGUGUUGCUGUUGAAAAACUAGACCAAGAUGGACGCAAAGCAUUCUUCAUCAACAUCUAUAAUGCUCUUGUAAUUCAUGCUACAGUAGAGAAUGGACCUCCCUCCAACUGGCUGUCCAGACUUAAGUUUUUUGACAAGACAUCAUAUAUCGUUGGUGGCCACAUUUAUAGCCUGAACGAGAUGGAAAAUGGUGUGCUGCGAGCAAAUAAACGUGGAGUUACCCAGCUUUUUGCACCCUUUGGGAAAUCAGACCCUCGACGAAUGAUAAGCCUUAUUCAGGUUGAUCCAAGGAUUCACUUUGCUCUGAACUGUGGAGCCAAAAGCUGUCCCCCAAUUAAGACAUUCAGUGCGGAGAAUAUUAAUGAGGAGUUACGUGUGGCAACAGAGGCAUACCUAGAGACAGAUGAAGGUCUCCAGAUAGAUGAGGCUCGAGGUGUGGUGCAACUGUCCUCACUCCUACGGUGGUAUUCCUCUGACUUUGGAAACACAACUGAAGAUGUUCUUCGGUGGGUACACCGGAAUGUAACUUUCCCUGAGAAGAAGGAAGCUCUGGAAAGAGUAAUGGAAAGCAACAAAUGGAAAGUAAAUUAUAUCUCAUAUAACUGGAACUCCAAUGCUAGUGACUGAUAGGAAACAAAUUGUGUUGUUUGUCUUCGUUGGUUAAGAAAGGAUUUGUGAUCCAAUUUACCGGGUAAUUUAUUUUGCUCGGGUAUUAUAUAUUAACUAUAUUAUAAUGCAUUGCUAUGGGAGAACAUAAACAAUUGUUCAAUAUAUUUUCCAAAAUACCCCAAUUAUUUCCUGUCUUUUCUGCAUUGGAAACCAGCUUCACUGUUCACAACGCACACUUCACUGUUCCCAGUAAAUAACUUACAACAGCUUCACAUUUAUUUAAACAGCUCAUGCAUCCCCUUUUUCAACAGAUUGUUUAUUAUAAACUUUUACCCAGGUAUAUAUAAGCCAAGUUCUUUUGUCUCCCAAAACAUUUUACUCAAUAUCUCUUUACCUGAUCCCACACUGUUCUUCCUGAUACACUUCUGUUUUUAUGUUCUGCUGAUCUUAGAGUAUGAAAUCUUUAAACCUGUAAUCAUUAUUAUGCAAGUUAUCACUUCUUCAAGUUGAAGAAUAAUCCAAUACAGCACUCAGAGAGUUUUAAGCUUUAAUAAGAUUUAAAUGUUUUUGGACAGGGAAGGGAAGAGAUUUUCUGGCAUUCUAUAGUUCCUGUUUUUCAUAUUGGUAUUAUCAAAUUUCAGGACUUUAUUUCACAGACAUACACUGUGUCAAGGUUACAUUAUAGAAAAGCUCUCUCUUAAUAAAAAAAAAAAAAAUAUAUAUAGAUAUAUAUAUAUAUAUAUAUAUAUAUAUAUAUAUAUAUAUAUAUAUUAAAAAAAUACUGUACACCUUUUUAGUGUCCUUUAUGUUAAUAGAAUUAAUUUAUUUUCCUCGGACUUUAUUCCACAUUGGACAACAGUAUAAGGAUACAGAUGGAAUAUGCUACCUUUAUAAUAUGUUUUCAUAAUGUACUGUAGCCUUGGAUUAUUUCACAAAAUAGAGACAGAACUUUCAAUAUAAAGAACACCUGUAAUUUAAUACAUACAUAAAAAAGGAUUAAGGUUGAGGUGCCCAAAAAUUGACCAGACAAUGCUUAAAAAGUUUAUUUCCUUACCAAACACAGGCAAAAAAAAAGGUACAGGGUUCUGGUACACUGGACAAAUAAAGAGAAGUGUACGAAACCCCCAAAAUUCAGUAUAAGUAGUAAUGUUGCACACAUUAAGCAGUAACUACUACAGAAGAUAAACACAUUCUUACCUCAUGAAAAGGUCCAAAAAAUGGUCCGGAAUUCAUCCAGGAUGUAAACUUUUGAGUUACUGCGUAGUACAGUCACCCACACAAGUCCUGUCGCCUCUGUUGUUGCUCUAUGAGCCCCGAGAUUCAGACUCGUGUACCCGAAACAUAAGACAUUGAUGCAUUAUUCUGUCCAUAAAUGCUCGGGAUUCAAGAGUCUGAAACUUGGGGAUCGUGGUUCAGGAGGAGAGGCGACUGGACUUUUGUGGGUGAAUGUACCUUGUGGUCGUGCAUGUGUUUGGGAUUAAAUUUUUUAAAAAUAUUAUAAAAACUUAUUCCUUCCCUUUUUUUGGACAUUCCAUGAGGUAAGAAAGGAUUUAUCUUCUAUGGAAAAUGUCCUCAAAAUAUGUCCCCUUCAUUCAGUACUGUAUUACCAAUUUGGCUUACGACUGACCCUGUUCCUGAGGCCAUAAGUCUACCCAAGUUAGCACACCUACAAAAACAAAACAAAGGUUUUGUGUGUUUCCUGGAAACCAAAUAUAACUGAUAUUUUUAUGGGUUUCUCGUACUCAUCAUCAUUUUGUCGAUUCUCCCGUCACAUUACCUGCACAUACCAUGUCAGCCUAUAGACUGAUGUUGUAUAUCAUGGUUUCAUUUACCGUUUCAGUGAGCCACAACUUAAGAUGAAAUGUACCUAAAAUUUUAACUUUCUCUUCUUAACUGACUGGGUGAGUAAUGGUGGAGUGAGGCCAUGACUAUACAGUAGCUGGGGAAGAGUGUGUCCAUGAUUGUUAAUUAAAAAAGUUGUUUCUGCAAUAUUUAGGAAAAGGUAAUAAUUUAGGUAGUGGCAAUAUAAUAAUUUUGUGAAAUACUCCUAGGCUUCUGUACUUAAAUUUUGAAUACCUGUACUGUACUGUGAUAUUAUAAAGAGAUAAAUGAAGCAGAAACUAAGUUAAUCACAAUAAAACAACACGCACAAA